AUGAAUUCAAAAAAUCGUGAAGUCAAUGGCCAUGCUGAUGAAAAAGCAAUAAUGUCGAGCAUUGAAGAAUGUGUGAAUAAAAUUAAUAAUGAUUGGAACGAAUGCAUACAUUAUGAUACUAAAGGAAAAACGCCAUCUGAUAUUCACAAUGCGCUUCAAAGUAUUAUACAAAUAAAUGAUGCUAUUUAUGACCAAUACAUGAAUUUAAUGGAGCAAUUUAAGCAACUGAAAGAAAGGAUAAAUAAUAACAGACAAUAUGAAAAUGCAAUCAAACCGUUGAAUGAUAGCAUUAAGAAAUCGAGAGUAAUACAGUAUCAAAAAUACAUUGAGCGGAAAUUAAUAGCUAAAGAGUGUACAGUAGACACUAAUGGAAAUCUGGGUGAAGAGUUAAGCAAAUAUAACAAACCAGAAGAAGUAGAAAAGCAUAUAAAUAGUUAUAGAGAGGUAUUUUUAAAGUUACUCUUCUGGCCACUAUAUAAAGAAUGCUGUGAUAAGUUUAGUUGUCUGAGCAAAGAAAGCAGUUUAGAUUUUUAUAACUGCAAUUUGGAUGGAGUAGUUUCUGCGUUUCUGAAGGAAUUUAAAAAAGAGAAUACAAGAGAAUAUCUGGACAUAGACUUGAUUUUUAAUGAAUAUAGUUAUAGAAAGAUGCCGAUUAUCACUAUUAUAGCAAAUAUGAUAAGAAUGAGAAUACAGUCUGAGUAUGCAUACGAAUUAGUCUUUAAAGAUGAGGAUAUAUUUAGCUUGGCGGUUCUUAGUAAAAAAAGUGACAAAGAUCUUGUAUUUGAAGACAUUGUAGCUGUUCAAAAUGAACUUAAAAAUGAGAAAAGCAAAAUAUUGCAGGCAAUAAAGUCGCAAAGUGUAGAUGAUAUUUGCCACAAAACAAAGCAUGCCAUUUGGUAUAAACAUGAUCUUUAUAAACCGUUUUAUAAGGAUAAUACCAAGCGAUAUAAAGGCAUUGGCUCUAAAUUGUUGGAAAUAGUAGGUCAAUUAAAUGACUAUGGGAAAAGUUCGAAGUACAUAGCAUUUGAGAUAGAACAGGAUUGUCUGAAACGUUAUGGAAAUAAAGAUCGAAAUGGCCAAAUAGAGGAUCUGAAAAGUCUAUUUGAGCGAUGCGGGUUCAUUUUAAAUGGAAAACUUUCAGAGGAACAAAACAGAUUGUUAGAAGAAGAUCUUAAUAGGACUCGUAUUGAUAAUCUUAAGGAAAAAAACAGAUUGUUAGAAGAAGUUCGUAAUCUUAAGGAAAAAACGAAUGAAGUUAAUAAAAAUUCUAAGCAUAAGCAUAAGCUAUUGCUAGAGAUAGUGAAAGUGAAAGUGAUAGAAGAACUAAGUAAAUACAUAAAUGCACAUAAACCGAAUGAAAAAUCGAAUGCGAAUAAUAAAAGUGAUGAAUAUGAGCAUAAGAUACAUGAUGAAUUUAUGAAAGAACAGAAAUGCCAGAACAUAAGAAUCGAGGAGCAGAUCAAAAUAAUGAAUUUGCUAAAACAAAAGAUAAAUAAAAAAGCAUCUAUUGAGCCGUAUAAUGAUGACGAAUAUUAUAAGAAUACAGAGAUGCUGAGGAAUUUGAUUGAAUUGAGUAUGGUACAGUCUUCAGCACAAGAUUUGGAGUAUAAUGUUCUAAAAGUAAAGAAUUGUGAGAUAGAUAAAUGUAUGGCAGAAAAUACUUAUAUGCCCUAUAUGGCUAUGUUGAAGCAAGCGUUGGAUUCUGAUGUAAAGAACAGCUUAGAUUCAGAGUUGAAGCAUGGAGAUGAUAUGAUUAAAUGCAUAGAAAAGAUAAUACAAUGCUAUGCCGAAUACGUUCCUAUCGAGAUAUAUACAACGGAUAUGCUUGAAAAUAAGAAUAAAAUACUAGAAAUAUUGAUCAAAGCUCAGCAUGGAAACUACUACAAUGUAUGGGAAAUAAUGGAGCUACAAGUCAAAAUUAAGAUGUUUUAUAAAAAAAUAAAACUACUUAUGGAAUGUAUGUUUAAAAGCGUAAUAAUUGAACAGGAUAUAGCUUUAAGGAAACCAGAAAUACAAAGAGUUGCAAUAAAACCCCAAAAGAAUAAUUGCAAUAAUAAAAUAGAUGAGGGGAAUGCAAAAUCGAAAAUUCAAAAAUGUAUAAAAUUUUAUAACAAGCUGGAAAAUCAAAUUUUAUAUGAUAAUAAUAAUAAGAGUAUUGUCAUACUAAAUAGAAUUUUAAUGAUGUUAUCAGACAACACCUCUAAGAAAGUUGUUUCAAAUAAUUUGAAUUAUUUGAUUGAUCAGGUGGGAUUAGAAAUACAAAAUAUAGUAGCAGAGCAUAAAAUAUGUGGUAAUAAAGGAAUAAAUAAGGAAGAUGCAAACAAGAUAGCUAGGAUUUUUUUAUAUAAAAUUAGCAUAAAGUAUAUAAAUGAUCAUCAAAGCAAUAAUUCAAAGGAAAACUUUUUAAGUUUUUUAAACUAUGUUGCCUUAGAUGAGAAUUCCUCGAAUGAUUGCGCUACUAAACAGAAAGCCAAUACAACUAUCGCUAAGAAAAGUUAUAAGCAUGCAGCAACACCUAAAAUACCUAAUACACCUAAAACACCUAAAACACCUAAUACACCUAAGAUAGCACGCAGCCCAGGAGAUGUAGAUAAAUCAGCCAAAGUCCAAAAUGGAUUCAUGCAAAGAAGGAGUAAAUAUACUAUUGAGAGUAUAAGCCCACCUGUCUAUGAUGGUGAUAAGCCUGUAGUGCAUCCAUUCAUUAAUAGUAAUAAUGAUGAGCCUGUAGUGCAUCCAUUCAUUAAUAGUAAUGGUGUUACUGUCACUGCCACUGAGGUUGAUAAAGAUAAAGGUAAGCAUCCAUUUGAAAAGGGUUAUAAUAGUAAUGCCAGUUUAUCUAGUAAUAGCAUAGAAUCAAUAAAAUUCCGUAUUAUACCGAAUGCAGCCGGAUUCCUAAUAAUACUGAUGCUUCUGCUGGGUUUAACAGCAAAUCAUAUGUUUUCUAUUGAUAUCAGUCAAAUUAGAAUAGUUUCUGUGCUUAUACAGCUUGUAUCCAUGGCAAUAAUAUUUGCAUUUUGCUUGUGGGCAAUUAGAAAGCAUUUCCAUGCAUGUGCCAAAAAGCAGAAUAAUAAGUCGACAAUUGACAUAGUUAUGCUAAUAUUGUCCGGAUUAUCGACGAUUCCGUUAAUGACAAUCAACAUGAUGAAUAAAGAUGCAACUACAAUUGAUGACUUGUGUAUGUUUAUGGCAAUAUCAUUAAUUAUAGAAAUAACAAUAACGAAUAUUAUAGCAGAGCAACCAUCGACGAUAUUCCAAGCUAUUCUAGUAAUUGGUAUGCUGGCAACGCUGAUUCUGCAAGCUGGAUAUUUGGCAUAUGACGAAGCAUGCACAAAAAUAUUUCAUAUGAAGCUGGAUAAAAUCAUUAUGAUAAUAGCAAUUAUUAUUUUUGUUUCGAAUAUAUUACUAGAGCUGAUGAGUAAAAGUAAAAUUGAUGAUAAAGAUAGCAAUAAUAAAAAAGUAUUUAUGAAGCUUUUGCAUGCUGUAAUGGUAGGAAUUAUAGUUGCAACAGAAACAAUCAGCAGAGUCGUCGUCAUUAGAAAAAAUAGCAACAGAAGUGAUAUUACAGCAAACUGA